GGUAGCAAGUUCCCUACCUCAAAAUUUAAGUCACCAACUUUGAAGUUUAGACACUUGGCAUAACUUGUAAUUAAGUAACAAGUUUUUAUUUUUUGCUGUUCCUUUAAAGAAUUGGUUAUCUUGCCACCAAACCACCCAAAGUCUUCUUGACCCUAUAACCGUAGUGAACACUGCAAGAAACUGAAAAGUCUUUCUUUAUGCUAAGUACUUAUAUCUGAAAUUUCUUUCACUUGUUAUUCAUUCUUUGUAUAACAUCAUGAUGAAUUCACUCUUCUUUCUCACCAUCUUCUUGGUUUUCAUCUUUCAAACCUCUGUUACCUGCAAUGAUAUUGCUGGUGCUAACAUUCACUAUCCAUUCACCACCCUUUCUGGUUUCGACCUUUUUCGCAAAGACAACAUCACCACCAUCCAUUUUCCAUCCUACGGCGAUCUAACAGUCAAGUCCAUCUCCUAUGACAGCAGAAGGAUUGAUCUUCUUGAUCCAAAAAACUGUGUCCCCAGAGUCUUUCUCAACCUCAACCUCACCCUCACUCCGUUUCAAUACUACUACGUUCUUCAAAACUAUACAUAUCUCAAUUGCUCCACCACACUUCUACACACAACAAAUUUCAUUGAGGUUCCAUGUUUAAGCGAUUCAAACUCUCAUGUUUACACAGUUGACCCUAAAGUCUCUAUUCCUAGUUCAUGUAAAAGAGUCAAAACUGUUGCUAUUCCUUUCAAAUAUAGUCCUUAUAUUUCAGAUAACAGUCUUGGUCUUAGAUUAACAUGGAAGUUGCGUGAAUCUGAAGAAAUCAAACAAGGAAACAAGACUAGAGAUUCUUACACAGCACGCAAUACUGUUUUUGGCCUUAGCAUCUGUUUUGUUGUGAUGGCAACAGUUGUAGGCAUCAUCAAGGUUCAUCUGUCCAUGAGGAGUUUACAUAAAAAAGAAGAACAGUUGUUGCCAGAUUUCUAGAACUACUUUUCAGAUGCAAGUUUCACCAUUAUCAAAUUUAGUGUUUUUCAAUUUUUGUACAAUAUGUUGUAGGAUAUGAUGUGUAGCAACCCUAUGCAACCGCUUUGAGCGGUGUUAAAGAAUCAAAGAAUGCAAAGAGGAGCUGAAUGUACUUUUUUCUCUCUUCUUGUCUACCAUAACAACCUCUUACUUUUAA